UUCACCUUUUUUGUUCUAGUCCAGGCUGGCUACAACAAAUACAACUCAAGAUGUCUGGUAAAGGGAGCAGCACAGAUGGCAAAACAGACCUUGCAAAUGGAAGCUUAUCCAGCAGUCCAGAGGAAAUGUCUGGGACAGAAGAGGGGAGAGAAACAUCCUCAGGCAUCGAGGUUGAGGCUUCAGACCUAAGCCUGAGCCUAACUGGGGAUGAUGGGGGUGGUCCCAACCGCACCAGCACAGAAAGCCGAGGCACAGACACAGAGAGCUCAGGUGAAGAGAAGGACUCUGAUAGUAUGGAGGAUACUGGCCACUACUCCAUUAAUGAUGAAAACCGGGUCCAUGACCGCUCAGAAGAGGAGGAAGAGGAAGAAGAAGAAGAAGAAGAAGAAGAGGAGGAGGAAGAAGAGCAGCCCCGGCGCCGCGUUCAGCGCAAGCGAGCCAAUCGUGAACAGGACUCAUCUGAUGAUGAACGAGCCCUUGAGGACUGGGUGGCCUCAGAGACAUCAGCUCUGCCCCGGCCCCGAUGGCAGGCCCUCCCAGCCCUGAGAGAGCGGGAGCUGGGCUCAAGUGCUCGCUUUGUGUAUGAAGCUUGUGGAGCACGAGUCUUUGUGCAACGCUUCCGUCUGCAGCAUGGGCUAGAGGGUCACACUGGUUGUGUUAACACUCUGCACUUUAACCAGCGUGGCACCUGGCUGGCCAGUGGCAGUGAUGACCUCAAGGUGGUAGUGUGGGAUUGGGUUCGGAGGAGACCUGUAUUGGACUUUGAGAGUGGCCAUAAAAGCAAUGUCUUCCAGGCCAAGUUUCUCCCCAACAGUGGUGACUCGACUCUUGCCAUGUGUGCCCGUGAUGGGCAGGUGCGGGUAGCAGAGCUGUCCGCCACACAGUGCUGCAAGAACACCAAGCGUGUUGCCCAGCAUAAGGGAGCCUCCCAUAAGUUGGCCCUGGAGCCAGAUUCUCCCUGUACUUUCCUGUCUGCUGGUGAAGAUGCAGUUGUCUUCACCAUUGACCUCCGACAAGACCGACCAGCAUCGAAACUGGUGGUGACGAAGGAGAAGGAGAAGAAAGUUGGGCUAUACACAAUCUACGUGAACCCCGCCAACACUCACCAAUUUGCAGUGGGUGGGCGAGAUCAGUUUGUGAGGAUUUAUGACCAGCGUAAAAUUGAUGAGAAUGAGAAUAAUGGUGUGUUGAAGAAAUUUUGUCCUCAUCAUCUGGUAAACAGUGAAUCCAAAGCAAACAUUACCUGUCUUGUGUACAGCCAUGAUGGCACAGAGCUCCUUGCCAGUUACAAUGAUGAGGACAUUUAUCUCUUCAACUCUUCUCACAGUGAUGGUGCCCAGUACAUCAAGAGAUAUAAGGGGCAUCGAAAUAAUGCUACAGUGAAAGGCGUCAAUUUCUAUGGCCCUAAGAGCGAAUUUGUGGUGAGCGGCAGCGACUGUGGGCACAUCUUCCUUUGGGAGAAAUCGUCCUGCCAGAUCAUCCAGUUCAUGGAAGGGGACAAGGGAGGCGUGGUGAACUGUCUGGAACCCCACCCCCACCUGCCUGUGUUGGCUACAAGUGGGCUAGACCAUGAUGUCAAGAUCUGGGCCCCUACUGCUGAGGCUUCCACCGAGCUAACUGGGUUAAAGGAUGUGAUUAAGAAGAACAAGCGAGAGCGGGAUGAGGACAGCCUGCAUCACACUGAUCUGUUUGACAGUCACAUGCUCUGGUUCCUCAUGCACCACCUGAGGCAGAGACGCCAUCACCGGCGCUGGCGGGAGCCCGGGGUCGGGGCCACAGAUGGAGACUCAGAUGAGUCCCCCAGCUCCUCAGACACAUCGGACGAGGAGGAGGGCCCAGACCGGGUGCAGUGCAUGCCAUCCUGAGAGCCCUGAACUCCCUCGGGAGGGAUGAGGGGUAGGGAAGGGGAGGCAGCUGGGGCCAGCCUGCCAACCUGCUCUGCUUCUCAGGGGGGCAUGAGGCUGCUCCUCUCCUGACCUACCCGAGGCCCUCACAUUCAGCAGCAUUGCACUUUGGACUUUUUGCUUUAGAAAAAGACAUCCAAGGGGGGAAGGACAGACCGAAGGAGGGAGACAAAGCAUUAAGAUGCACAAUAGGGGGGAGGUUGAGCCCAGGAAUGUGGUUCAGUGGAGAGGUGCAUGGGACUCUGCAAAAACGACCUCUCCCAAAUCUUCACUUUUCUUUUUCUUUCU